AUGCGGAAAACACUACAAAAGAGACACUCUUGGACGGACGAGGAGCUGAACAUCCUCUCAUACCUCCGAUACACUCGCCAUUGGCGCUUCAAGAAAAUCCAAACAUCCUACUUCCCAUUACUUUCUCCGAACGCACUCUUGGGAGCCUACUGGCGCCUGUCCACCGAAGACCGCAUACGCCGAGCAUCGAGGAUCACCACCUCAAUCAUCGCUCCUCGCAACACUGGAGAAAACCUCUCAGGUUCCCCCCAAGCUCAACCCACAUGUUCCAGUAUCGCACAGGGGACAAGUCGCUAUCGCACUCUUGCUCAGUCAGAAAACAACAUUGAGACUUUGGCCUUCACCUCACCAAGCCCUGCGGGUGGAGGGGAUCCAUUCAUUUCCGACAACAGCAAUUCGAGUCGUUACAAACUCAGGCCAAACAGACCCUCAAUCUUCCCUCCAAGGAAGCCGGGAUAUCUUGUUGACCGACGUCGUUUCCCCCACUUCUUUAGAUCGUACAAGUACUCUCUCAAUCUACAAGGAGUCCCGGACAGCGACUAUACUCCUCCAUCUCGGAUGCCUACGCCAAGUUCAUCAGAUCGAAGCGUUUCCAUCGUCUCAAGUCUUCCCAGUGCCGCGUCAAGCCUUGAACUCUUUGGCUUGGAGCUCCGAGGAGCAUCCUUUGCCGACAUGACUGAAAUCACAAAGUUUGAGCAAUUCGGAAUCAAUACGUUCUAUAACGGAAUCCCAACAUUAGAUAAUGCCAGCGACUGGUUUCGGUGGAAUCAGAAGGUCAAUGAGUUCAUUCGGAUAUCUGCGGUUGCCGACGAUGGAGCGACUCCACCGAUAGAAGAGGAAGAAGCACGGCAAUGGAUUCACCACCAAAAUUUCUAUUCUGCGAUGAUCACGGCAAAGCUGACACACAAUGCGGCGCAAAGAAUCAAUGCCUUUGAGAUUCCUCGAGUCCAAGUACUGCUUAAGGCAGUCAAGGACAACUUCAAACCAGAAGGCUCAGGCACGUAUGUUAACCUCCAACGGCGAUACAUGGCCCUUACAAGAGACAAGUGUGGGAGCACUCAAGCCCUCGGAGCAGAGAUCAGGAAGAUCCAUGCUGAAAAACUCCUCCUUGACUCUGAUUGCGUAACCUCCGAAAUUGAGCGAACAUUUUUCUUCGUGCAUGCACUCGGUCCGGAGUACGAGAGCUUCCGCGAUCAUAUCUUCCGACAAAUGGACCUUGUCAAUGAAAGAGACGCAAAUGGGACCGUCACGAAAGCGGCGCCCACGUUUGACUAUAUCGAGAAUAAGGCAAUUGAGGAAGAGCAUAGGAAGGGGCAAUUGGGUAAACAAGCAAUGGAGACGCAAGCACUUCCUGCUCUUGCUCUAGUCCGUGGGCCAGGUGACAAGAAACUCAUCCCGUCGUCGGACGGAACUACUUGUCGAAUCGAGAUCGAUAACGUCCCAUAUUGCUCCUUCUGCCGAAAACCUUAUCACGUUGACUCCGAAUGUUUCACCAAGAAUCCGAAACAGAAACAGAAAGACGGAGAUGGACCGAAGCCAAAGCCAGGCAGGAUGCAUACGGGCACACGCAAACAGUUGAAGAAGCGGCCUUCGACGGAUGACGAGGAUGAUGAUGCCGGUGGUCCAAAGGAUCCAAAGAAACCAACUUUCAUGGCGACGAGAGUCUCCGAGAAAGAUGUCAACGAAGCAUUUGGAAACGAUAUCGAGGGCAAUUUCGCCCUGUCCGACCAUAUUCCCAUAAUGAUGGCGAUAAAAACCCUCUCUAUUCGCGACGCGUGGAUCGUGGAUAGUGGAUGCGCUCAGCACGUCUGCAAUAGUGCCUCGAGGUUUGUCCAAAUGGCCAAGUACCAUGGCCCCUCACUUACAGGCGUUGACACCUCAACGGCUCCCUCAGGAGUGGGAACAGUGAAUAUCCUUUGCAAUGUACGCGGCAGAAAGAAAUGGCUUGUGCUUGAUAACGUCCUCUAUGUUCCAUCUGCACACGCCAAUCUCAUAUCGGUGCUCCAGCUUCUCAAACGAGGAGCAAAGGUCGAAUUCCCAAGCCGGAGUGCUAUCAUUCGCAACAAGUCAAACGAAAAGAAUCUAUAUACUGCCAACGAAUAUCAUGGAGUCUACGCACUCGAUCUGUGGACAAGUCUGACUUUUCCCUCUUACCAUGUUAGCCCGCAAAUGUCUCUGUGGCACAAUCGACUUGCUCAUAUGAGUGAUGCAAAUCUUCGGCGACUCAAAAAGCAGGCUCACGGUGUUCGGGACAUGGAGCCACGUCAUCCAUGCAAUUCGUGUCUGCAGGGGCGAAUGAUCGAAAAACCCCACCGCAGAUCAGGAAAUAGCAGGAGAGGAGAACACGCAAUGGAGCUCCUCCAUAUUGACGUUGCAGGGCCAUUUGACGAGGGCCUUGACGGCAGUCGUUACUGGCUCACCAUCGUUGACGAUUUCACGGGCUGGAUCGAGAUUAUCCCUAUACCACGAAGACAAGAGUUCGUCAUAGAAUCACUACGGUUCUUCCUCGACCACAAUGAGCGCCCCGAACGAAAAUGCAGGCGAAUACGUCUCGACAGAAUAUCUGAACAUGUGGGAGACGAGAUGAAGUUCAUGUUGUUCUCGCGCGCAAUUCAAGCCGAGGUGACAGGAGUGGAUCAACACCAGCAGAACGGGGUCGCUGAAAGAGCCCACAAGACAAUUUAUGAUCGGGUUAGGCCUACCUUAGCACAUGCGAGGUUGCCGUCUACAUUCUGGCCGGAAAUUGCUCGAACCGCAGCGUUCCUCUCCAACCGGUCGCCGUCAUCGAAGCUCAACAUGACUCCGUACCAAGCGUGGUAUGGCGACAAGCCUGACCUAUCACGACUCAGAGUGAUCGGAUCCAAAGGGGAAUACUUGAUCCCGCCAAAGCAAAGAAAGAAGCUUACGGAUCCGCGAACAAGGCCAUGCAUUUUGCUAGGCUAUGAAGGAAAUACCAACUACCGUAUCCUCCUGGAAGACGGAAGAAUCGUUGGGACUCCAAACGCCGAAUUUCACGAAGUCCUUACAGCUCCCUCCACACAGACUAUAGAAGAUGUGGGAGCCAGACAAGAAGGCUUACCUGAGGCAACGGCUGCUGCCGCAGGGGGAGUGAGACGGUGGGACUAA